CGUAUUGCAUGCGUAUACAUGUAUAUAGAGCUUUUGCCCGCAAUUAAAAAAGAUGGAAAGAGGAAAUGAUUCCACUUGCUGCGCUCAGCGGAAUUGGAGAAAACACCGCAAAACACCGGAAAGUUUGAUUCUUAACUAAAAACCACAGUCCACCGGCGGAAAUACGACUUCUUGGUGGAGAUUUUUACACAGCGCGUAUUUAUAUUCACGUGUCAAAAACAAAUAGGAAAAAAUGACCGCUUUUGAAGAAAUGGGCGUUUUGCCAGAAAUAGCACAGGCGGUUGACGAGUUAGAUUGGACAUUGCCAACAGAUGUUCAAGCCGAAGCUGUUCCGUUAAUUUUGGGUGGUGGAGAUGUGCUCAUGGCAGCGGAAACUGGCAGCGGCAAGACGGGUGCUUUCUGUUUGCCCAUUUUGCAAAUAGUCUGGGAAACUCUCAAGGAUUUGGAAUCUGGGAAAGGUGGAGGAGGUGCUGCACAAGUUCAACAACCUGCGCAUUGGGGACUGAGUUUGUUCGACAGAGGACGAGCUUUGGCAGUGACGCCAGAUGGUCUGAGAUGUCAGAGCAGGGAGCAGAAGGAGUGGCACGGUUGUCGCGCAAAUAAGGGAGUUUCGGGAAGCGGCAAAUAUUUCUUUGAGGCCCAUGUCACCGAUGAGGGCUUGUGCCGAGUGGGCUGGUCUACAUCUCAGGCCUCCCUAGAUUUAGGAACGGAUAAAUUCGGUUACGGAUUCGGCGGCACAGGAAAGAAAUCAAACGCAAAACAGUUCGAUACUUACGGAGAACCUUUCGGGAUGCACGAUGUGAUCGGAUGUUUUCUUGAUCUGGUGAAGGGUGAGAUAAGAUUCAGCAAGAACGGCGCGGAUCUGGGGGUCGCGUUCACAUUAAACGCCCAGCAAAAGUCGCAGAUUUAUUAUCCGGCGGUCGUGUUGAAAAAUGCCGAGAUGGCAUUCAAUUUUGGAGCGCAACCGUUCAAACAUGCGCCUCCGAACGACUACGUAGCCGUGUCGUCAGUUUCCAAAGAGUCCGUUAAACACAAUCCCGUUAACAGCAGUCAAAAUCAAACGCACGAGAGCGGCAAACCGAAAAAUAACGCGCCCCAAGCCAUUAUCAUAGAGCCUUCUCGGGAAUUAGCUGAACAAACCUACAAUCAAAUUCAAAAGUUUAAAACGCACUUGAAGGAUCCGGUAGUCAGAGAAUUACUCGUGAUCGGCGGAGUAAACGUGAAGGAACAGAUCGCGACCUUGAAUACCGGUGUGGAUAUAGUAGUCGGGACUCCCGGUCGGCUGGAAGAUCUUAUACAAGGCGGUUAUUUGUUGUUAACACAUUGCAGAUUUUUUGUGUUGGACGAAGCUGACGGGCUAUUGAAGCAGGGUUACACCGAACUGAUCGAUCGCUUGCACAGACAGAUUCCGAAAAUUACGUCGGAUGGCAAGAGAUUGCAAAUGAUCGUAUGCUCGGCGACGUUGCACGCGUUCGAAGUCAAGAAAAUGGCUGAACGUUUGAUGCAUUUCCCAACUUGGGUAGAUCUGAAGGGCGAAGACGCGGUACCCGAGACGGUGCAUCACGUUGUCGUGACGGUGGAUCCGCAGAAGGACAAGUCGUGGCACAACUUAAGGAAUCACGUGGAGACCGACGGCGUGCACGCGAGAGACAACGUGAGACCGGGCAACAACACCGCCGAAACGUUAUCCGAGGCGGUAAAGAUACUGAAGGGUGAGUAUUGCAUCCGCGCCAUCAAAGAGCACAAGAUGGACCGGGCGUUGAUAUUCUGUCGAACGAAGCUCGAUUGCGACAAUCUCGAGAGAUAUCUGAAGCAGUCGGGUGGACAGCAGUUCUCGUGCGUGUGCCUGCACGGCGACAGAAAACCCGCGGAGCGCAAGGCCAAUCUGGAAAAGUUCAAGCGUCAGGAGGUGAAGUUUCUCAUUUGCACCGACGUCGCGGCCCGAGGAUUGGAUAUCACCGGUUUGCCGUUCAUGAUAAACGUAACCCUGCCCGACGAAAAAUCCAAUUACGUACAUCGCAUCGGAAGAGUCGGCAGAGCUGAGAGAAUGGGACUCGCUAUUUCUCUGGUCAGUAGCGUGCCGGAGAAAGUGUGGUAUCACGGCGAGUGGUGUCCCACUCGCGGAAGAAACUGCAACAACACCAACUUAACCAACCAAGGCGGUUGUUGCACGUGGUACAACGAGCCUCUGUACCUGGCGGAAAUCGAAGAUCACUUGAACGUGACGAUUCAGCAAGUCGGACCGGACAUAAAGGUGCCGCUAAACGAAUUCGAUGGGAAAGUUACGUACGGCGAGAAGAGAGCGGCAAUGGGUUCCAAUUACGAAAAUCACGUGCAACAAAUGGCUCCGAUUGUGGCCGAACUGGCGGCGCUGGAAUCCAGAGCUCAGAUCGCGUUCCUGAAAACGCACAUAGCGGCACAUUAGUUACCGUUUCUCAAUCCGAAAAUAAUCGGUCCUCCGAACUCUAAUCUUACAGUGUUAGUAUAUCGAAGUACGGUCAAAAGCCGUGAUGUGAUAUAAAUAUUGCGAAAACUAACAAUGUUAUUGUUUUUAAUACGAUAUCUUAUAUCAUUGCUAAUAUUAUUUGUUUUGUAUUUAUGAACAUUUCUGAAGCUUCUCUCGCGCGUUUGUUCAAAAAUUGUGGCAGUAAGCUUGUUACACGCAAUUAAAAAAUAUACACAUGCAACAGCAGAAAAAGAAAACCGUGUGUUUCUUCUCCGUAUUAAAACAAUGUGCGACGAUAUCUCAAUAAUUGUAUGUCCAUUUAAAAUCUCCGCCACGCUUUAACCGAUAAGAAGAAAAAUCUUGAUUGAGUUACGAGGGCGAGAAAUCUUCCGACACGAACACAAUUAAUGAAACAUCCUCUCAAAACACACACGCCCAGUGCGAAACAAUUCGGCCUUACGGUCCGAUUGUCAUUCAAGAGCACAUCUGCCAAUUAUGUGAGACGUACGUAAGUGUUUAUUGUUACAGUUCUCGAAAUCAUAUGUUCAUUGCUAAUUGAGUUACACAAACAUGCGAUGAUACAGCGGCUUUUUCUUUGUUUGUAUAAUUUCUUUUUAUAAUUAGUAUAUAUAAAAAAAAAAAAACACAGA